CCUUUUUGUGCUAUCAAAAUGCGCCAUAAGUUCAGUGGGAAAAUAAGUGAAGUGAUGCUUUACACAAACAUUAAGUGCGCUUUACACGAAACUGCAAUUAUGUAAGAAAAGACGUUUUCUUCCUACUCAAUGAAUGGGGCAGCUACCCAAAUGCAUAAAAAUGGGAGACUCGCGGCGGCUAUUGUUAUUGUUAACGGCAAUAAUAUUGGUACGAUCGACUUUACAAGCUGAAAUCGAAUGUCCACAAAACUGCGAUUGUCUCGAACAAUAUGUGGAUUGUUCAAAGAAGAAUUUCGUAUCUGUGCCAAAAAUUCCCAAGUGGGUGGAACAUUUAGAUCUCAGUCAUAAUAGAUUGACCGGAAAGGAUUUGGAGGUUUUGGACAAAUUAUUGAACCUGAAAGUUUUGAAGCUUGAUAAGAAUUCUUUGCAUUACAUUCCAAGCUUCUUAAACAUUAAUCAAAUACAAGAAAUAAGCCUGAACAAAAACAACAUAACGUCAAUAAACAAGGGCCGAUUCCAAGCGAAGAGUUCCAUCACCGUAUUGAACUUAAAUCACAAUCAUAUUCAAGUCAUUGAAGAGGGAGCACUAAACAACUUGACAAAUUUAGAAGUGUUGAAACUGAACAGAAAUGAACUUCAAUCUCUGCCUAACCACUUGUUUCAGUAUCAGUCGAGAUUACGAACCUUGGAACUGAAUUACAACAAAUUCAAUGUUAUAAAUGGACUGCUUUUUCAAGGUCUAUCUAACUUAACUACCCUCAGAAUGAAAUUUAACAAUAUUGGCAAUAUGGAAGAUGGAGCUUUCUUUGGGUUCCAAUCAGUGAAUGUUCUUCAAUUAGAUCAUAAUAAGUUACGUAAUAUAUCCAAAGGUUGGAUGUACGGCCUUGAAUCACUAACCACCCUGUCCUUGUCAAAUAAUUUAAUAUCUAAAAUAGAUAUUGAUAGUUGGGAACGCUGUACUAAUUUAAGAGUAUUGGAUUUAUCUCACAAUCAUUUAAUUGAAAUAGAUGGAUGGUCAUUUCAGCACUUGCUCAAUCUCCAAAUUCUUAAUCUUAGUAACAACAACAUUUCCUCCAUAUCUCAAGAAGCAUUUAGCCAAAUGUCGCAUUUGGAGGCGUUAUUAUUGAACAAUAAUAAGAUAUCAUGGACAGUCGAGGAUAUGUCAGGCCCAUUCUCUAAACUACAAAGCCUGAUCAAUUUCAACCUGGCAUCUAAUCAUAUAAAGUCAAUAAAUUCUAGAGCCUUUGAAGGAUUGUCUAGCUUAACUGAUUUAGAUUUGAGAGGGAACAAUAUAACUUCUAUUCAACAACAUGCUUUUGAAUCAAUGAUGAAGCUAAAAAGACUGCACUUGAAUUCUUCUUCUCUCCUUUGUGAUUGUAACACAUUGUGGAUAGUCAAAUGGAUUAAAGAAAAAAGUGAACAAAAAUAUGUAACAGCCACUUGUGCUUAUCCUUCAGAGGUGCGAGGUAUGCCAAUCUCUAAAUUGAAAGAAGAGAACUGUGGUGAUUCACCAAAGCCUAAAGUAGUGGAACAUCCUAAAAAAUCGCACCUUGCUAUUAAAGGAAGAUCUGCAAAUUUGGUCUGUUCAGCAACAUCAAACCCUUUCAGCAAUAUGACAUUUUUAUGGAGAAAAAAUAAUGGAAACAUUAGCAAUCCCUCAGUAUUUGAAAAUACUACAAUAACACAUAGUGGGCAACCUCGCGCUACAUCUGUUUUAAUAAUACCCAAUGUUACCCAUGCAGACGCUGGCAAAUACCAAUGUGUAGUCAGUAACAGUUUUGGUACAACAUAUUCAACAAAAGCUAGAGUAAAUAUUGUCACAUUUCCUAGAUUCAUAAAAUCGCCAGUCAAUGUGACUGUCCAGACUGGGGAGACUGUAACUUUAAAUUGUGCUGCUACAGGAGAUCCAACUCCAGAAAUAUCCUGGAAGAAAGAUGGUGGGAAUGAUUUUCCUGCAGCCAGAGAAAGAAGAAUGAAUGUCAUGCCCACAGAUCAUCUUUUCUUUAUUGUAAAUGCAAAAACAACAGAUAUGGGGAUAUAUAGUUGUGCAGCUAAAAAUCCUGCAGGCACUAUUAUAGCAAAUGCUACUUUAACAGUAUUACAAGAACCUUCAUUUGUCAGAGUCAUGGAAAAUAAAGAAGUCACUAAAGGAGAGUCCGUAGUGUUACAGUGUAUGAGUUCUGGAUCUCCCAAGCCAGCCCUUAAGUGGUUAAAAGAUGGCAUACCAAUAGUUCCUACUGGACGUCACUACUUUGCUGCUGAUGAUCAGUUGUUAGUCAUCAUUGAGGUAGAGUCAAGCGAUGCUGGGCGAUAUGAGUGUGAGAUUACUAAUGAUCUUGGAACAAAAAAGGACAUGACUGAAUUGAGAGUGCUUCCUCCAGUUGCAAUUUUAGUAAAAGAGGAGGAUAUGACUGGUAUAAUAAUAAUAACUGUUGUGUGUUGUGCUGUAGGAACCUCAAUAAUAUGGGUGGUAAUUAUUUACCACACGCGUAGACGCAUGGCCGGAACCGUACAUAGUUUUCCCGCAGAAAAUAUUAAUAUGACGCAAGUAGUGCGUAGUCACAGUGAUUCACCACAAAUGUUUCCAGACAAUAUAUCGGAGCAUUCAUCGUGUAAAGAUAGUGGAACAGGUGAUUCGGCUAAACAAACGAGCUUUGAUGGAGUGCCUACAGAUAGAAAUGACCAAGUGCAUUUUGAAUCUGCUGUAUGUCGUAGUUAUUCCCCAGUGCCAGAAGCACACAAACUUCUUCCUUCUUCUUUUAAACCAUCAAUUCAAGUGUGUGUAAAUACAUCAGUAACACCAGCUACUUACAGUUUUUCUAGUCACAAUGAUAAUGUUUAAGCUUGAGAAAAAUUCUUAAUAUUUUGCUUUUUUAUAGUGGUAAUGUAUUUUCACUAACUACUAUAAACUAUAGGUAUGUUCUAAAAAAAAUUAUUGACAAAUCGUCUAUUUGUAGUUAGUGGA